AUGGCAGCCAACCCCCGCUCUACCCCCUCGUCCCCGCGAUGCCGAUGCGCCGUCCCGGUGCUCUGGAACAACAUGGCGGCGAGGAAAAGACGAGCGGCGAGUUGGAAGCAGAGCCAGCUUGGUGGAGGAGGAGGUGGUGGAGCUGGAGCUGGAGCUGGAGAAGGCUCCUGCGACGACGCCGUGAAAAGGUCCGGCGAUGUCGUCAUGAUGGAUGCCCCUUUGCUGGUUGAGGCGACCAUCACCAUCACCACUGGUGGUGGUGGUAUUGCUGAGAUGGAUACGGAUAUGGAUAUGGUGGAGUCGUUCACGUCGGGAGUAAUGUUCUACCGCGAUAAAGAUGUAAAACUCGCGGAAGGGGCUCAGUUCGUCUGGUCCGCGCAAGGCAGCUUCCAGGACGUCAAGGUCGAGGAGCUUGGCGGCACAUGGGUGAUGGUGCCAUUGGCAGCAGCCGCACUGAAUCCGGUGCCAGCCCGCCGGGGUGCUGGAUCAUAUGGAGGCGCGAGCCGUAUGGAGCAACUGGAAGGGCUCAUGGUGAAGUUCUUCGAUGAGGACGGACAGGGAAGGGGGACGCAGUGUGAUCGCGUUCCCGUUCAGCAACGCCACGAGUGUCGAUCAGAACCCCGAUCAUCUGGAGGUGGACCGACUCAGCGUCGCGGAUCGAGUGGCGCCGCUCGAAGAUUGCGAUGCCGAGGAAUAAUCGAUGCUUUCAGCGCGCAUGCCGCUUCGUUCUACGUUAUUUUUCAUCGCCCCGCGGAGAUGCUUCACGUCCAUCCAUUGUGCAACUUUGACCCGGCUAUGCUCGAAACCACCACCGUGAGCUACAAGGUCGCCAAAGAUAGGCGUGGCAUGUCGAUAUCUUUGAAGUUCCGUUCCUCCAGGAAGUAG